AAGAAUUCGGAAAAUGCAUACAGUUCCCGCCUCAACGAAAUCAAAACCCUAAUUUCGUCACUCUCACUGGAAGUAUUCUACAACGAUUGUCCUCGCAGAUCCUGCAGAUUUUGCCCUGUAACGGAUUCUGUCGAUGCCUAGAUGACUGGAGGUAGCUGCAGCGUAGGUUCCAAGGAAGCACGCCCCACUUUGGGUGAUAUGACUAACCUCCCCAGCAAAAGAGGAAUAUCUUCGAUUCUGGGUGAUUUUCUACUCAAAUCUGGUGAUGAGUCUGGUAAUACAGCCGUGCGGGAGAAAUCGGGGGUGAAAUUCUCAAAGAGGUUAUGUUUAGUUGUAGAGGACUUGGUCAAGGAGAGUUCUAGAGGAAGUGAUAGCAACACAGGUUCUUCCCCUUUCGAAGAUAACACCUGUUCUGGUUGUUCGCCCGUUGAAAAUACUGCACGUGUUGUUGGAAAAGAACCCGAGGAAUCUAAUCAUGCAGAAGAUGCGUUAGACGUUGAUGCUCAAUCUCUUAAAGCUGGCGACGGUAAUGCUGCAGUGGAGAUUGCCAACGAAGAUGGUGAGAAGGACCGAUACAUGUCAUCUAGUAAUUCUGUGCAGCCAUGUUUAGAACAUAGUGAGAAAGACACAUCGGACAUGCCCUCUACCGAAAAUGAAUGCAAUGUUACUGGUGAGGGCAUAGCCAAACCUGUUUUCAGUACCGGUUCCGAAGGUUGUGAUAUAUUGACGACGGGGGGAGAUGAAGCUACACGAGGCCGGGAGUUGCCUGAUUCCCAGGGUUUCAGAUCGUUUGAAAUGAGUAGAUGUUCAUCCAUUGACAGGAUGGGACAUGUGGAUCACAAUAUGGGAGCUGACCUUCUGAAAUCUUGCUCUUGUUCAUUUUGCCUGAAAGCUGCAUAUAUCUGGUCGGAUCUUCAUUACCAGGAUAUCAAAGGCCGAUUAUCUGUGUUGAAGAAGAGUCAGAAAGAGGCUGCAAGCUUGAUCCAGAGGAAUUCUAGAGGAAAGCAGACAGGUUUUCAUGGCUCUGCGAACUCAACCAGUUCCAUCAAACUGGAGUCUGAUCUCGUGUCUCAAUGGAGAUCACUCUUUCUUAACAUGGGUGAUAUCCUAUCACGCGAAAGUAACCAUCUUCAAAUGAGCUUCGUCGCCAUGAUAGAGUUGCGGGAUAAUUGCAAGAUGGAUCUGGAAAGAGCUUCAAAAACGCCUCAGCAAUAGAUCGAUGGAGCAAAUCUUUACUGCUUUGAGACUGUAAGACUUCGAACGUCGUCUCUGCUUUUCAACUCGUUAAUAGCCUCUGUAAUUCCUGUUUCACGAAAUCUUUUCCUGCUUAUUCCACCCUCUUUUCAAGAUUACAACUCUUAAAGAUGAUUUCAACUCUAAUUCCAGUGUAUAUUUGUAAUC